GCCGAGGGGGGCUGCCGGAAGACCAGGCUGCUUGUGUGCCGCCAUGCGAUCGCCAUUAAGACAGAACGUGUCUUCGUCGACACAAAUGAGCAAGUCAGAUUGUGAAUAUGAUGCCUGCUGAGAGGACAUCAGCCGCGGUUGUAGUGGUGUAAAAGACACAAGGGAUAAGAAAUAACAAAGUCUUACCUCGUCUCAUUGUGCUCAGCCAUUGUAUCUGCAGCAAAAACAGACAACAAGCUAAAAACAACAAGCUAAUAAACAACAAUCAAAAUCACAGCAAGUACAGCUGCACCUUUAUACCUGACUGUGGGCGGGACAGUGGGCCUAGCCCACCUGUGUGAAGGAGCCAGUCAGACACGUCAUCAUCAGAGGGUUUUAUUUUGUAGUCCACGCCGCCGGUUCCCCUACGUCACUUCCUUGUACACCGGAAGCUGUAUCUUGCGUUAGCAGAGGAGACAACGCGCGGCACGGUGGCAGCAUGUCGUACGCAAUGAGACGAGACCGUGGCAGGGGCCGGGGAGGCCGCUUCCGUCCCCGUGGAGGGCUGGUCCAGGGGUGAGUAGCUGCCAGUGUCACCCAGAAGAAUAUGUUUGCCUUCGGGAAGAGCCGGACAGACACAGACACAGCGCUGGAGGAGCAGCUCAGACUCCACAUCAGGGCACACAACCAAAAGCUGAAUCUCUGCAUUGGUUCAACGGCGCCAGGCUGGAUGUAACCUGCAGCACAUCACCUGGUCUGAGGGGGGCGCUGCUCCAUUCAAACAUCAUAACCCUGAAACAGCUGGUGGAUGCAGUGGGGCCGGCGCUGAGGGACGCCCAGGCCCUGGGCUCUCUACUAGGAAUGAGGUCUGUCCGGGUGGCACAGAGGACCCUGGAGCUGCAGACCAAAAGGCUCUCCAGGGAGGAAAAAAGGCUCCUCAGGGACGACACAGAGAGGAAAUUAAAAGCCUAUGGAGCGUGCCAUUUCCCAUACAAAUCUGUGGCCAUUUCUAGGAAGCCCCAGGUGGAUGGCGCCUGCUCUCCCAAAAGUGGGAGCCACACCAGCCCCAUCAGCGCCAUACUGGUCCGUUCCGGCAGCCGGGGAAGACAAAGCUGUCAGGCCUUCCAGAUUCUGAUUCGGAACCGUGCUGCCGAUCCCGAUGCCCGCAUGCAUGACGGGACACCACCAGUAGAUGCCCAAAGAUGGAAGAGGAGGAUGAAGGUCCCUCGGGCAGUCUUCCCUUCCCCUUCUCCUUCCCCUUCUACUUUCCCUUCCCCUUCUCCUUCUCCUUCCCCUUCUCCUUUCCCUUUCCCUUCCCCUUCCCCUUCUCCUUCUACUUAGGUCUCUGCACCAGCAGCAUCCUCAUCCUCAUGAGAAUGAGAAUGAGGAUG